ACGACGUGCCGCUCGUGCCUCGCGAUCGUUGGAUUCACACGCACCUCGCUUACCGCCCCUUCCACCCUUCGCCGUUGUGCUUGUCAUCCCUGCGCGUCAUCAUCGACGUUCCAAUUUGUCAUCGGCCCCCCGGCAUCGAUCGAGAAAAAAAUCGGAUCUUCCUGAUUCGCCCUUCGGCGGUGUGAAUCUCGCGAAUCGAAUCACGAAUCCCAUCGGACUGCGAUUUUGAAUUUGUCGGGAACAGCGCGCGUGUAUUUUUACGCGUAUAUAUACGACCGACAAUCGCGCCCGCAUUUCCGGGGAUGCAACAGUGCGUCAGGAAAGUGUUCCGAUCGAUUCGUUAAAAUGUGGAUCGCGCGAUCGCGACCGCGAACGAAGGACGAUUGACCGUCUCGCUUGAGCGAACGUUUGUGCAGAUCUUCGGCGAUCGAUGGUGCGAUCCUGGAGCGAUCAAAGUGAUUGAUGCACGAUGACGGAAUGAAUGUGCGCGCGGGUGCGCGUCCACUCUUCCGGGACCAAAUUACGCGAUCCGGAUAAGCAGUGCCGCGUCGUCCUCGACGAAGGGCGAUCUGUCGUGAGGUUCGCGGUACCAGGCUGCGACGGAUUCGUGGACCGGAAGUGACUGCACUGCGUGCGUGUCAUCGUCAUUGCGGUAAACGGCGCGUAAAAGUGCGCGUGGAACGGAUUCGGUUGAUUUCGAAGAGGAUCGCAGUGCGUUUCCCAGCGGCGGUUUGGAUGCGUGUCCGGAGUUACACGACGCAGGAACGCGCGACCCCGUCCCUCCAGGAAAUUCAUCGUGUCCGAAAAGUGUAGUUCCGAGAUCCUUGUUUCGAGAGGGAUAUAUGUCUGAGGAAAGGAGAGAGGCACGAGUAUUUUGUGAUCAUCAUGAGGACACUCUGGAUCGUGGUGGUCAUUCUACUCGAGAUACACUUGUAUUUCACAGUGAGCCAGGCGAAGCAUCAGCAGAACUCAAGUGCCAAUAAUGCAAUCGCCCCAUUGAAUGCCCCGGAGGGUAAAAAUGAAGAUGUUCCUGAAGGACCAAUUGGAGAGGUGCUUGCUCAAAGUGGUACCACGGCAAUUCUGCCGUGCAAAAUUACCGAUCCCGGAGCCGGAACGAUCACGUGGGUGAGACGGAGGGACAGACAAUUAUUAACAGUUGGUACCAGCACACACUCUACUGACAAGAGAUUUGUCGUCAGGCAUUCGAGCACCGAUUGGCAACUCACAAUACGCACCGUAACGAUGGACGAUGCUGGCAUCUAUGAAUGUCAGGUGACGUCGCAUCCGGUGCAGCGAAACUUCGCUCGUCUCAAGAUUACGGAGGCGUACUCGAUAAUACCGGGUGCGCCUGAUCUGCACGUGAAGCAAGGCUCGAGCCUCCGUUUGGAAUGCCAUCUUAUGGCGGCCACGGAAAAGCCCCUUUACGUCUUCUGGUAUCGUCAGGGUCGUAUGAUAAAUUACGACGAGGAGCCCGGCGUCGACGUCAAACUCACGAUGAGCGGCUCCAUUCUGACGGUGGACAAAACGAAGCUCACGCACGACGGCAACUACACGUGCGCGCCUAGCAACGCCAAGGCGGCGUCUGUCAUGGUUCACGUAAUCGAAGAGGAGGAGAAGCCGGCGGCGAUGCACGGGGGCGACAGAAGGAACCUCAGCCCGGCAAUUUUGGCGAGCAACUUUCUCGUGUCCCUCCUGGCGGCCGUCAGCUGGAGGAUACCGAGUUUCACGAGCCUUUACCCGACGUGAAUUACCGCCGUCCCGGCGGCGUCCUGCGGCCCGCGUGUCCCCCCGCGACCUGACGGGCGGGCCUGGUGAGGAAAACGAGUUCCCGAAGUCGUUGUCCUGCUGCUCCCGGUGUGCCGGCAAGAGAGCGACCUCGGCCCUCAUUUCCGACUCCGGUGAAGAAACUCCGGUGGGUGCCGGGGGAGGGAAAUGACUGUGCGCGCGUGAUAGUCGUCGCCGCGCGUGCAAACUCGGCGAUGCCUCGGUUUACCUUGCGUGUGUCUCUUUUGCGUGUAACUAGAUAGACCGCUAAUUCGGGGUUGACAGCCGCGGAGUUAACGCGCGCGCGUGCUCGUUGUGUCCUCGGCCGACGGUGUCUCCUGUGUAGCUCAAGAACAGAGAGAGUCGCCGGCGCGAGUCCGUUUGUUUCGGUACGGUGCACACACACUUACACACACAUACACAUACACACCAUACACACACACACACACACCUGGUGGAAGCCGAUCUUCAAUCCUUCGCACCUUCCAUCCUUCGAGCCCGUUCUCGCGCGAGUGCCGUGUAAAGUGUGCUUUGCCGGAACGACUGUACUCCGUUUUGGAAUUGAGCUAGCGAUUUACCGUAGGAUACGUUUUACUCUUAAAUUCUCGCGUAAUUCUACGCGUUUCGUUGCGCGCGAAGUUACAGUCCAACCCUACUCCUGUCCGCGAUAAAGAUUUCAGCGUGUAAAUACGAACACAAUUUCUCUUGUUGUACUUAGAGAUUCUUUUGUGAUAAUAAAUCGUACAAAAUAAUAAUAUUUAAAAAAAAAUGUGUUAAGAACUGCGAAAAGUAAUCAAUAAUUUACAAAUAACCAAUAUAUUACAUUCGGAAAUAAUAAUAAAUUAAAUCUCACUGUAAUUUGCCACGAUAAAUUUCGAUGAAUUUAUCGCGAAUAUAUUUCUAUUUUACAAAUAUAUUAUUAUUAUUUUUUUUUAAUUACUGUUUAAGCUGUGCAAUACAAUUUUCUCGUGGCAAAAUUACCAAUUACUUCGGACGUAACCGCGUGGAUCGCAAUGAGACCAGAGGAUUACGGAAUUAUGGUACUAAGGUACGUCGUAAGAUACGCAUUGGUGAGAAAAAAAAGGUCGCGUAAGCGGAAAGGGAGUCCCCUGAUUUGUUUGGAAAUUCGGUUUCCCGCAGGAAAUCCGUUUCCCCGAACAGAGAACCCUUCCGCUCGAUACGCGGCACGUUGAUUAUAUCUUUCGGUGUGCGUGAUCGGUGAGUCGUUUUCUUCGUACGUGCAUUCUACAUAUAUACAUAUAUACGCGUAUAUAUUCGUUACGUACAGACAAAAUGUACACGGCGAGAGCUCGAUUUAUCGUUCUUCCAAUUAAUCGCAGUAUCGUUCAUAUUUUCGAAUCCCAAAGUGAUUUGUACCGCCUACCGUUUGCCGCAUUCGUUGAUUGCACAUAUGUUUUUGUUUGGCCCAAACAUCCCUUUCGAUAGCAUUUCGAUCGAGCUUUCACCGUAUAUGCGAUGCGUUAUUGCAUAUAACGUAGAGGUUGCUGCGAAAAUUCUGUUUGUCGUUGACCAGACUCACUCGUUGGCAAGGCCGUAAUAAUGACGAAUCGUACUCUUCGAUUAAAUCGAUUGAAAUUCGCUAUCAUUACGUAUGAAGUCCUUUUUUCGUACUUUGCAAAUCAAAUUUGACAAGAAAAAAAACGAAUCUAUUCGAAACUCUCAUGCUCUAAUAAACAAAUAAACACGAAUUUGGAUAAAAAAAUAUUCCGAUCGAGAGAUCGGUAUGCCGCGUGCAACGAUAGAAAAUAUAUAUAUUUCAAACGUGCAAAGGCUGUAAGUUCCGCCCUGGCUGUAAAUUCUGUUAUCUUGUGCCGGUAGCAGAGAGUUUAAGUAAAUCUUCCUUUCGCGCGCCCCCGGUGUACGUUUCUUCGAAAUCGCGGACAAGAUAAGACAAGCAGAUUUUCACGCGACAACUUGAUUACGCGAGCCUGCAGGAGGUGGACGAGGCGAAACGUUUCUUUCCGCGCGCGCUGUAGAAAGCCUUACCUCAAUUCCCGUCGACUCUCUCGCGGUGCCAUCGCCAUUGCGAGGAAGUUUCUUUCUCCGCGCACCUCGCGAUUCUCCCGGGUGGGUAUACACUGAAGCAUUCUCCGCUGUUUGUUCGCCCGGUGUAUACCUAUCUUUAAAUAAAUGAUAAAUGCAAAACGUUCGUUCGACUGGCGAACGACUGCCCGAUGUGAGCGCAAAGAAGAAACGAGGAGAUACGGGCGAACGCGAGUGGGCGAGAGGGGUUUUGCUCGCGCUCUCCCUAUUCCGCGUUUGCCCGUUCUUUUUUUUUCGUUCCUCUUCAAGUGUAUACCCACUUUCCCAUACGUCCUCGAGAUUGAUGAAUAAUCCAACGUCGGAUGGCGCGCGUCACGCGAGCGAUGCGAGCGAUUGGAUCUUUCGAGACACAAAAUACACUCCUUCCUCAAUUAUUAUUUUUAACGAAAAUCGGGACUUAUGCGUUUUGUUCUACCGACGACGAGGACUCUUCCCCAUCGAGCAAGGCUCUGUUUCUCGUUUCAUUAAAAUAGCGAAGAUAAAGCGAAGAUCCAGAGGACGUGAUAUUUGAAAGACGCUUGUAAAAGAUAUCCUCCUCUGGAUGCCUUUGUGUCCUUUAGACAUUUUUCCUCCGGAACAUUUAGCGCCAGAUUUUGGAGUGUAAAAUAAUGGGGGUGAAGAAAGGGGGUGACGAAGGAGUGUACUUCGGAAGGAUUCCUCGUGUUUCCGCGGUGCUUCGCGAAAUGUUUCGCGAAAGGCUCGAUGCGGUUGGUUUCGCGGCUUUUCCGCGAUGGGAAACGCGAUGAGCGGUCUUUAACCAUACAUCGAGUUUUAUGCGCGGCACGCACGACACGUGGCGAUGCGCGGCCGCGAACUCGCGCUCAUCAACGUUAUUUAUCUGAAUACGUGGAAUCAAUGUAAAUACUAAACAUUCUAACUACGCAUUCAAUAAAACAUUAAUCGUGACUA